AGUAAGCAAAACAAAAUUUAUAAUAAAAUAUUCUCUUUAAUGCUCAGAAUUCUAAAAAUGUCUUGGCUGUAGAUUGGGUUACCUGCCAUUGCUUUAUUACUAUCCAAUACAUAGAAAGUGAAAUUAUUUAUGGACAGAAACAGAGUUUAAAUUUUCAUUUGGUAAAGGCAAUGUUUCAUUCAGUACAGACAAAAAACGUUUAUAAUUUACUUCUUGUUUAAAGUAGCCAGUUCAGAGUAAGCCAAAAUUAUCCCGGAGAAUUGUUUAUAUUAAAAACAGGCUGAGAGUUGUUUGAACUGUCAUCACCUCCCAGAUUGGAAGAUAAACAUUCUUCUUGUCAAGAUGUCUUUGGAAACCCCCUGUGCGGCUUCAAGGAAGACAAAACAAAGGUAAAUAGUGUGCAACCCAAAUCUUGCUUAACAGAAUGAUUUAUCUUCAGGCCUACUAACCAGUGACAGGAGCACAUGUAAUUUUUUUCUAGUUGCUCCGGGUUUAUUCAUCCCUCUGAACCUAAAUUCUGAGAGAAAGGAGUAGAGCGUUGCGUUUAAGACCUCAUACGCUGGCAUCCAUCGCACUGCAAAUGAAUUUUGGCUCGAGCUGAAGGUAAACUGCUCAGUCACUUUGUGCCUCAGUUUCCCUUAUCUAUAUAAUGGAGACAGUGGAAGGAAUUAGGUGAGAUUAUACAGACCUUGGAACAGUGCCUGACAUACAGGAAACCCUCAACAUAUGUCAAGAGUUUCCCUCAGCGCGCCACUUGGCUUGUCUUUCUAAAUAUUAGCAUAAUAUAAAUGGCAUCAGAACGUGAGGGGCAAGGGCCACGUGAUCCUUCCACGAAAGCCACUUGUGGGGGCCUUCAAAGAGUUAGCAUUAAGGCUGGGAAAAAAAGGCAAGCGCGUCCGCGGCUCGCGCGCGAUUUCCCGCCGCGCCCGCGUCCCGGGCGACGGGCGAGCUCCGGGGGCGCCGGGGCCGCGGCGGCGGCAGCGGCGGCGCGAGCGGCGCCUCCGGGCCGGUGAAUCAUCCCUGCAGACACCGAGAGCCGCGGCAGCAGAGAGCAGCGCCGGAAAAAUGGCUGAAGCGGGCACGGGCUUUCUGGAGCAGCUCAAGUCCUGCAUAGUUUGGUCUUGGACUUAUCUCUGGACCGUAUGGUUCUUCAUCGUCCUCUUCCUGGUCUACAUCCUGCGGGUGCCCUUGAAAAUCAACGACAAUUUGAGCACAGUGAGCAUGUUUUUGAACACAUUAACGCCGAAGUUCUAUGUGGCCCUGACAGGCACUUCCUCACUAAUAUCAGGGCUUAUUUUGAUAUUUGAAUGGUGGUAUUUUCGCAAGUAUGGAACAUCAUUCAUUGAACAAGUCUCAGUAAGCCACUUGCGCCCCCUUCUGGGAGGGGUUGACAACAACUCCUCCAACAAUUCUAACUCCAGUAAUGGGGACUCAGAUUCCAACAGGCAAAGCGUCUCAGAAUGCAAAGUAUGGCGAAAUCCACUAAAUUUAUUUAGGGGUGCUGAAUAUAAUCGGUACACUUGGGUGACUGGACGAGAGCCUCUGACUUACUAUGACAUGAAUCUCUCUGCCCAGGACCACCAGACAUUCUUUACUUGUGACUCGGACCAUCUGCGUCCUGCAGAUGCAAUAAUGCAGAAAGCCUGGAGAGAGAGAAACCCCCAAGCUAGGAUUUCUGCAGCCCAUGAAGCCUUAGAGAUAAAUGAAAUUAGGUCCAGAGUUGAAGUUCCCCUAAUUGCUUCCUCUACCAUCUGGGAGAUAAAAUUAUUACCAAAGUGUGCAACUGCUUAUAUUCUCUUGGCUGAAGAAGAAGCAACAACCAUUGCUGAAGCAGAAAAGCUGUUUAAGCAGGCCCUGAAAGCUGGAGACGGCUGUUACCGGCGUUCUCAGCAGCUACAGCAUCAUGGAUCCCAGUAUGAAGCCCAACAUAGACGAGACACCAAUGUCUUGGUCUACAUCAAAAGAAGGCUAGCAAUGUGUGCCAGAAGACUCGGGAGGACCAGAGAAGCAGUGAAAAUGAUGAGAGAUUUAAUGAAGGAGUUCCCUCUCCUGAGCAUGUUCAACAUCCAUGAAAACCUUUUAGAAGCCCUUCUGGAACUACAAGCAUAUGCUGAUGUUCAGGCAGUCUUAGCAAAGUAUGAUGAUAUAAGCUUACCAAAGUCGGCAACAAUAUGCUACACAGCGGCCUUGCUCAAAGCAAGGGCUGUCUCUGACAAAUUCUCUCCCGAGGCUGCAUCUCGGCGGGGGCUGAGCACAGCAGAGAUGAAUGCAGUAGAGGCCAUUCAUAGAGCCGUGGAAUUCAAUCCUCAUGUGCCAAAAUACCUACUAGAAAUGAAAAGCUUAAUCCUGCCCCCAGAACAUAUCCUGAAGAGAGGGGACAGUGAAGCAAUAGCAUAUGCGUUCUUUCAUCUGGCACACUGGAAGAGGGUAGAAGGGGCUUUGAAUCUUCUGCAUUGUACGUGGGAAGGCACUUUUCGGAUGAUCCCUUAUCCCUUGGAAAAGGGGCAUCUAUUUUAUCCUUACCCCAUCUGUACAGAAACAGCAGAUCGUGAGCUGCUUCCAUCUUUCCAUGAAGUCUCAGUUUACCCAAAAAAGGAGCUUCCCUUCUUUAUUCUCUUUACUGCUGGAUUGUGUUCCUUCACAGCCAUGCUGGCCCUCCUGACACAUCAGUUCCCGGAACUCAUGGGGGUCUUUGCAAAAGCUAUGAUUGACAUUUUCUGCUCGACAGAGUUCAGGGACUGGAAUUGCAAGAGUAUUUUCAUGCGUGUUGAAGAUGAACUGGAAAUCCCACCGGCACCUCAAUCUCAUCAUUUUCAAAACUGAACUCAUCACCCUUCUUCCCCCACCACCAAAACUGCUCCUCCUCCUGUAUUCCUGAUCUCCGCCAGUGGCACUGACAUCCACCCAGUUGCUCAAGCCAGAAACUCGGCAGCCCUCCCAAACUCUUCCCUCUCUCACUCCUUGUAUCCUGUCUGUCUUGGCUUUCACAGUCUGUCGGCUCUAACCUCCUGAGCCACUAGGCAUUCGGUAAAUGUAAUUCACCUCUUCUUCCCUUCCUUCUUCUCCCAUGGCUGUCUCUUAGUUUGGAUCUUUGUGGUUUCUUGCCUGGACACCUGCAGGAGUCUUAACUGGUCUCCUUGCUUCCAGUCUUAUCCUCUGCCAGUAUUUCUUUCAUACUGACACAAGAAUGAUCUUUCUAAAUUGCAAGUCUGAGCAUGUCACUUCCCUGCUUGAAUUUCUCCAGUAGUUUCCCACCAGCAUCAGGAUAAAGUCCCAGAUCUUUAGCAUGGCAUACAAGGUCCUUUAUGAUCUGGCUCUUGCUUGCCUCUUCAGCCUCAUCUCUCUCCCAACUCUUGCACAGACACUGCUCUUGGGCCACAGUGAAUUACUCACCAUUCCCAGAUGCUUUUGUGUGCCUCGGUGCCUUUGCACGUACUGUUUGCUCUGCAUGGAAUGCCCUUCCCCAUUACCAUCAGCACUUGUCCAGUCUACUAACGCCUCUUCAUUCUCUUAUACUCAGCUUCCUUUCUAAGUUUCUCCUAAGCUGAGUUAGAUGUUUCUCCUCUCAGCUCCCACAGUAUUCUAUGAAUACCUAUAUUACGUUUAUUGUACUGUAUUAUAAUUGUUAAAAACUUGUCUGACCCCCUUGUAGAAUGUGAGCUCUUUGCGAGCAGGACUGUGUCUUCCUCAUCUCUGUAUCCCCAAAGCUUUGCACAGUGCGUUGCACAUAGUAGGUUUUCAAUAAAUGAUUAUUAAAUAAAUAAAUGGUAGUGGUUUCUGCAGAAAGAAUCACUGUAAAAAAUUAGAUACAGCUUAGCAUUUCUUCUCUUCUUUUAUAAUUAUGAUCACAGACAGAGUUGAAAGGGACCUUAAAUUGCCUUCAGCAGUAACUUGAUGAAGGUCAUUUAGACUCAUCUGGAAUACUUUUAGCGAUGGAGUGUUCACCUGUUUAACAUGGAAGCCCAUUUCAGUACUGGAUCACUCAGAACUCUUCUUGAUACUGAUAAAAUCUGCCUUCCUUUAAUUUCCACUUAUUUCCUAUUCUACUCUCCAAAACUAUAGUGAACAACUCUACUUCCUCUUGCAAUUUCUUGAGGCAACUAAUAUAUUCAUGGCCACCUCUCACCUCUAACUUACUACCUUCUCUUUUCUUCAGGCAGAAUGUCUUCAAUUUCCUUAAGUCUUCUGUACAUGAUAUGAUUCCUGAGCCCAGUAUUACCCAAUCUGCCUCCUUGGAUGCUCGCUAGUUUAUGGGCCUAUGCUAUUCAUUAUUUGCUUCUAUUCCCAAGCCAACCUCUGAGUUAAAGCAGUUACCAAAAGUCCGAGUAGAUUAGAGUGUCAUGUAGUAAAAUUUAAAAUAAGAAUACAUUUACAACAUUAGACAAUGUCAUUCUUCAUUGAACUAACAAGCAGCUCUUGGUGGGAAUUUAGGAUCAGGACAGUGAUUCUCAGCCCCUAGUGUGCACGAAAUUCACCUGCCCUACCACCGGAAGUUCAGAGCCUUGAGUGUUAGCACCCGGGAAUCUGCGUUUUUAAACAAGCCCCGCCCCCCACCGAUUCUAAGGAUGGGGGUUGAAGACCAUUUCCUUCAAAGAACACCGGUCUCAAAAAAGCCAGCCUUUGAGCAGCCGUUGGCAGGUGCCUGGUGCGACAUCAGAGCUGUUGAGGUGACAGGUUUCUAGGAACCAGCAGUUUCACCCCGGCUGCUCCUUGAAAUCAUCUAGGGAGCUUAAAAAUGACAGGUGCCUGAUCUCCCAAUCCUGGGGACUCUGACUUAGUUGGUCUGGGAUGCAGCCUGGGCAUCUGAGUUUUCAGAUGCCCCCCUAGUGAUUUGGGUGUGCAGCCAGGGCUGAGAGCCCCUGUACUGAAUAAAGUA